UUUCAAGUUAUCUUUUAAUUUAAGGUGUUACUUGAGCUUAUUAAUGCUAUUCACUUAUGAUUGUGAAAAUGCUUCUCCAGUGAGUCUUCUCAGUCAAUGGUGUAUAUCACUAUUAUCUGGGGAAACUCUUUACAUUUUAAUAUGUUAGUCUUCGCUCUUAUAUGAUAGCUGUGUUUUUAUUUAAGGUUUCUUUGACUACUACUUUUAUGAAAGGUAAUAAAGUUAAAGCAACGCUGUAGCCAUUGCAUGUCUCUUGGUGGAAUGUUACAUGUCUAUAUUUUUCCAAUGGUUAUUUGCCAGGAUUAUCUCAGAAAAUAAAUGCCCAAUCCUCUCCAAAUUAAAGAUGGUCUAUAGGUAGGCCAGAACUCCUUAAGUUUAUGACCCAUGUGCUAGGACUGUCAGCAGUAUUUAUAUGGGCAUGGAGGACUGUUUAUCAUCACAAACGUAAACCCACCUUUGGACUGUGUCAGUGACGGAACUGAGAGCUAAUACAAAUCGGAAUGGGUGCUGACAGCUGAGUAAAAGGUUGAGAAAGGAGGACACUCCUUUUACCUAUUUAUUCCUUAUUCAGUGAAGUGCAGGAUCCCAAACAGCUGGCUCUAAAUAAGGGUACAGAAACCCUUGUAAAAAAGUCCUGAUAACGGGCAGUGAUCCACAGUAAGUAUAACUGUAAGGAUCCCUCCUGAAGGCACGUGACACAGCCUACUCGGCAUCAGCAGGCUCUUGGGUGUCUGGCAAGACACAGCCCUAGUGUCUGUUGUCCUCCCUCUGUAGACAUGGAGUUCUCGUUACCUCUCAAUGUUUGGCCUACUGCACUGGGUCAACAAAUAGACCACAGUCAUAAAAUACAUGUAUUUAUUCUGCCACUGAAUAUUUUAUACUCAAAUUGUAGUGAUCUUCAAGAGAUAGGACCCUUGGACUUACUCAUUCUAUAUCAGUGAUCUUGACCAUGUUUUGAUUACACUGGCACCUCAACAUGGAGUUCCCACUGAGCAAACCCAAAGUGCUGCAUACUUUCUUACCAAGUAGGAAAUAGCCCUGUAGAAAGAGAAACAAGGAUGGAAGUUGGAAAAGGGUGUGAUUUAAAUAUUUCAAGUCAUUCAAAGACAGAAGGGUCAUCACCAGUGUCAUCACUAAGGAAGCCUUCUCACCCCAUCAUGGAUUUUUUCAGUUCAAAUCUUUUAGGCAACUCAUCCUCACCAGGGUCUAAUUCUAGUCAUGCUGGUGUCCAUGAAAUGCUUAUGGGUGAUUUCCUUGUUUCUGAAGAAAACCUUCAGAAAGUGGAAAAUGUACUGGAUCUUUGGAGUUCAGGUCUUAAGACAAACAUCAUAUCUGAACUAACUAAAUGGCGACUAAAUUUUAUUGACUGGCACCGUAUGGAAAUGAGAAAAGAGAAAGAAAAACAUGCAGCUCAUUUAAAACAACUGUGCAACCAGAUCAGCAGCUUGAAGGAGCUGCAAAAUGCCUAUGAAAUCUCCAUUGGGAGAAAAGACGAGGUCAUUUCCAGCUUGUCUCAUGCCAUAGGCAAGCAAAAGGAGAGGGUAGAGUUGACGAGAACAUUCUUCCACUGGCGGAUUGGCCAUGUCAAAGCCAGACAGGAUGUUUAUGAGGGUAAACUAGCUGACCAGUAUUUCCAGAGAACUUUACUGAAGAAGGUCUGGAAAGGCUGGCGCUCCAUGGUGCAAAAGAAGUGGAAAGAUGUGGUGGAGCGAGCCUGUCAAGCCAGAGCUGAAGAAGUCUGUAUCCAGAUUUCCAAUGAUUAUGAAACCAAAGUUGCUGUGUUAUCUGGAGCUUUGGAAAAUGCAAAAGCUGAGAUCCAAAGAAUGCAGCAUGAAAAAGAGCACUUUGAAGAUUCCAUGAAGAAAGCUUUCAUGCGGGGGGUGUGUGCAUUAAAUCUUGAAGCCAUGACAAUAUUUCAAAACAGAAAUGAUACAGGGCUGGACUUCACAAAUAAUAAAAAGGAAGAAUAUGGUCCUGGUGUUCAAGGGAAAGAACACCCUGCUCAUUUGGAUCCUUCCGCUCCGAUACCCUCAGCAGCUGCAGCAGCGCCAUCCCCAGCAGGUGCAGCCAUGGGAGCGACCGGCACUGCUGCCUUUCCCUCUGCCACCUCCAUCACUUCUGCGGGGGCUGCAUCCACUUCCUCUGUUUCUGCUCCUCUUGGUGCUGGAUCUACAGCUCCUGCUGCACCAGAAGAAAUGUAUGUACCCAGAGUUGUGACAUCUGCACAACAGAAAGCUGGAAGAACCAUUACAGCCCGGAUCACAGGGAGAAGUGAUUUUGCUUCAAAAAACAGAAUUAGUAGCAGUUUAGCUAUAAUGGGAGUUUCUCCUCCUGUGAGCUCAGUUGUUGUGGAAAAACAUCAUCCAAUCACAGUGCAAACCAUUCCUCAAGCUGCUGCAGCAAAAUACCCCCGGACUAUUCAUCCUGAAAGUACUACCUCGGCUUCCAGAUCUCUCGGAACCAGAUCAACUCACACCCAGUCUCUUGCAAGCAUUCAUUCCAUCAAAGUGGUUGACUAAAACAAAUAUGUUCAUAUUAAGAUAUUUUAAGUACUCUGGUUUAACAAGGAUUAGAAGUCUUUAGUUUCAAAUGUUUCCGUAUUUUUAGAACAUCAUGGAUACAUCAUGUUCAUCUUUUCAAAAUUACAAGACUUUUUCAAGCCACACCAUCCUUUGUAACUAUAUGUAGGAUUAUAUUAAUGUUAUUUUUUUAAUUUAAGCAAUUAAGUAAAAAUUUUUUUAAUUAAAAAAAGAAACUGGACUAUAUUUUCUUAAUAGGUUCAGCCUGUGGCUGACUGUAUCAUCAAAGUAUAUAAAUCCUGUUUUCUCUACAUUAUUCCAAAAGGCUAAGAUACUAAGUAAACUUUAAGAGAAGUUUAUUUUAAAAAUUAUUAAAACUAAAUGAAACUAAGUUAUUUUAAUUUUUAAGUGAAAAAAUAAAGACCAAGAGUAAUAUUUUUAUCACAAA